AUGUUUAGAAGACGAAUCAUUUUAAGGAACAGGACUGGCGCUCCUGCUGCUAGCACUCCUUUGCCCACUGGGUGGCAGCAAAACAACAGCUUCAUGUUAGACACAGUGCGUCAAAGGCUGCUGAUUGACUCUCCACCCAAACAGCACCCCGACAAAGGCCAAAUAGAUGCUGAAGCAGGAGCAACUGUUACUUCCCAUCUAAAGAGAUCAGUGAUCACACCACAUACCACCACCCCCUUGCACGGACCACCUCACAAGGACAAUGCAGCGGAUCCGAUGAUGGUGUGGAGACGUGCUGGGGAAUGCAAUGCAGAAGCCAACUCUUCAGGUGAUCUGCAGCCAUUUUCUGUUUUGAACAUACAGUCAGAGUCGCAGAUGAGCUUGGCUGCACCAUUACUACUGGAUGACUACUACACUAAUCUUCUUGACUGCAGUUCUAACGGUGUCAUCGCUUUAGCCCUUGGAUCCUCUGUCUACCUUUGGCACUCAAAAAACUGUGCUUUACUGGGGCAUCUGGCUCCGAAAGCAUCACAGGGACAGGCCAGUUCACAUAGCCAAACAAUCCUGUCUUUAUGCUGGAGCAAAGAUGGUCAAGAACUCUGUAUUGGAAACAGAAGAGGCGACAUUGAGUUGUGGGAUGUGGAGUAUGGUUUGAGUGUGAAACGUGUAUCGUCUCAUCAGUCUGCGGUCAGGGCCCUUUCCUGGAAGCACAACUUAGUCAGCAGUGGUUCAGACCUGGGGCAGAUCCAUCAUUAUGACACCCGGGGAGGAGCUCAGGUGGGAACAGCCUCUCAACAGGGUGGAGUGUGCAGUCUGCAAUGGUCUGAACAUGACCAACUGGCUAGUGGUUCCAUAGAGGGCCAACUUCAUGUUUGGGACCAACACAUUAGCACAAAGUUACGAGAGCCUGUGUCUACAAUGAGACAGCUCACUUCUGUGAAGGCAAUGCACUGGUGUCCAUGGGAAAAAAAUACAAUAGCCACUGGAGGGGGAUGGAAAGAUGGACAAGUGAGGAUUUGGGACACUAAAUGUGGGACCUGUCUGACCUCUGUCCAAACAAACUCACAGAUCUGUUGUCUCAGAUGGUCAGGACAGAAGAAAAGGCUGGUAACAGGGCAUGGUGUUCCCCAUCACCACAUCUCAUCUUGGGCCUGGAAUAGCCCUGAUCUUACUAUGACUCUCCAGCUUUCCGGUCAUACAAAACGAGUCCUGCAUUUGGCCUUCAACAAAGAUGGUUCUCAGACCUACACAGCUGGAGCAGAUCAGUCAGUGCAAAUUUGGGACAUGUAA